AGAAGUUCACAAAUAAUUAUGAAGCGCCCACCGCCACACUCACGGCCGCCGCGAGUGCGGCGGCAGCCGCAGGACCCGAAUCCAGACGACUUCUGUAUCUUUUGCUGUCCCGCGUCACCAGGGCGCCCAGGACCCCAGCGCAGCAGCGGGUCGAAAGAAACUUCUGCGUCCUCUGCGUGCGGCUGCUCUGCGCCAAGUUUCUUCUGCGCCUGUGCCUCAACGGUAAUGCUGCUGCAGGAUCAUUUCCUAGGCUCUCGUUCCGGAGCGGGCGGCCACUUGCUACACACUCAAGCCAUGGCGCACGCCCAGCCAGUGCGCGAUUCCGAACAAGAUAGACGAAAGUCAACAUCCAGC